UGCCCUGGUGUAUCUGGCUCGUGUGACGUCAAAUGCUCAGUCGGAGUUAAAAUUGUUGUUACUCGGUCUCUGGGUUUAUUUAAAUCUUUCCUACCUCAAAUAAUGACUUGUCCUGUCCAUCACUCAGCAGAGAUGAACCCCGCCAUCCUGCCUCUUGACUGGCUUUUGGGUACCUGGCAGUCUGACGAACCAGGGGAGGGCUGCUUUCCUACCAUCAAACCUUUCCGUUACUUGGAGACGCUUCAGUUCAGCCACGUCGGGCAGCCUGUCGUCAACUUCACGUUCAACGCUUUCCACGCAGACUCCAAGAAGCCGCUGCACCGGGAGUGCGGCUUCAUCCGGAUGCAACCGGAAACCAACAAAGUGGCUUUUGUCGUGGCGCAGAACUCGGGUCUGGUGGAGAUUGAGGAGGGCGAGCUUCUAGGCCAGCAGCUGAACCUGCGUAGCCACGCCAUCGCCAGAAUCUCCUUCGCCAAGAAGCCUCACGUAAAGGAGAUUUCACGGGUGUUUCAGCUCCGUGCAGAUGGGAGACUGGAGCAGAGGGUUUCCAUGGCAACAGACAGCCAGCCACUGAUGGAGCACUUGCGCAUCGCCUACGUCCGCUCGUCUUGAAGCAAAAACAAAAAAAAAAGUCAAAUGAUUCAGAGGAAGUCCAUAUGGUUUGUGGUGUUAUUUUUAACUCGAAUGGGUUAUGUUACAUCAUCUUUGAAGGAAAAUCAUAAAAAUCUGAAAUCUUUUAAA